UCUAUUCAAUCAUUUCAUAUGAUGAACAGCUGCAAAGUUUUUCAUAAAUUCUUGUCAAACCAAAUAAUCCACCGAUUCAAACAUUAUGAUGUAAUUAUAUCGGGCGGUGGAGUAGUCGGAUUGACUAUGGCUAGUGCCUUAGCAAAUAAUCCAUUAUUAAUUGACAAGAAGAUUAUAUUGCUAGAACGAGGCAAAGAUAUGGAGCAAUCAAAUAUAUCUUAUAAAAGUCCAGUAUAUGCUAUUACAAUAAGGAGUAAGGAAUUAUUUAAAAAAAUUGGAGCAUGGAAUAUUAUUAAAAAAAAUAGAUUUAAAGAAGUUCAAAGAAUGCAAAUAUGGGACAGCUUUUCAGAAGCCAAUUUAGUUUUUGAAAGUAAUGACAUGAUGAGUGCUAUCAUUUAUAUUAUUGAACAGGAUAUUAUUAUAUCAGCAUUGAAACAAACUUUAUCUUCUCCUUUAAACAAAAAUUUUGAACUAAAAUAUGAAUCAGAUAUUAAUCAAUAUGCUUACCCAAAUAACAAAAACAUGGAUGAGGUUGAAGUUCAUUUGAGCAAUGGUGAUAUAUUAAAAACUCAACUUUUAAUUGGAUCAGAUGGCUACAACUCUUUAAUCAGAAAAACUAAAAAAGCCCCUUGUUUUGAAUGGGAUUAUGAACAGGCUGCUAUUAUUGCAACACUAAAUUUAUCAACUUUUGAUUCUCAAAAAUAUGGAGAUGAAGAAACCACUAUGUCACAGAGUCAAGAAAACAUGGUGGCCUGGCAAAAGUUUACCCCUCAUGGUGUGGUUGCCCUUUUACCUCUAAACUCUACCCAAAGCUCCCUCGUUUGGUCUGUGCCACACCUUCAUGGUCAUGACAACAAAUUGAUGCACAUGAAUGAAGAGAUGUUUGUGGAUGAAUUGAACAAAACAUUGUGGAACGCGAACAUCGAAAAUGAGCGAAUACUGAAACUGGAAAGUUGGAUGGAUAAACUAUUGGACGUGCUACCGUUCGAGAACAUCAAGAAAAGAAGAAUUAACACUUACAAACAAUUUCCGCCCCGCAUAACAUCCAUCCAAGAAGGUAGUAGAAUGAAGAUUCCUUUGAAAUUCAUGUUCGCCUCUCGUUUCGUGUGGCCUAGAGUGGCUCUCAUAGGUGAUGCUUGCCAUAGAGUCCAUCCUUUAGCUGGUCAAGGCCUUAAUUUAGGAUUGGGAGAUGUGGAAUGUCUGCAAAGAAUUCUCGCUGACUCCUUAUGCUCCACUUGCAAUAUAGGUUCUCACGCACAAUUACUCAGAUAUCAAACCGAGAGAUUGAGGCAUACGGUGCCUAUAAUAACGGCCAUAAACGUUAUAAAUUUACUCUACUCCAAAACUUAUAAAAGUAGUUUCGAUGAUUUGUCUCAUACAGGAUUACCUGCCAUGAGCGCUAUUACAAGGACUCUAGGUCUACAAAUGGUCGAUUCGUCACAAUAUAUAAAAAGAAUAUCAUAUUUUUGCCAACUAAAGUAUACUAUACAUGCGUGUGGCACGGAAAAAAUGCCUAAUCUCCUGCUUUAUCAUAUUGGAGCAUCAUAAAGUUAUCUUCCUCUUUACGACAAUUUAGAUCGGAUAUGCAACCAGUGCUUCUGAAGGUUAAAUAGUCAACGUACUACUGAACUAUAAUGGCAUCCUAUUGAUUUAAAAAUAAUCGG